CAGAUGUUGUUCGAGGAGAAACCGCUUUACUAAACUGGGAGACGAAGAAGAGGAGGAGGAGAGCGGGCCGUGUCUGGAUCUGUCCCCGCGGAGGAGAAGCGGCGCUCACCGAAACAUGUCCGGGGAAAAGGCGGCGGCGACUCCCUGCAGCAAGUUCCAGGCGAAUAUUUUUAAUAAGAGCAAAUGUCAGAACUGCUUCAAGUCGCGCGAGCUCCAUCUGCUCAACGACCACGACCUGGAGCAGCCCAGCACUUUGCCACAGGGGACGGUGAACGUGAACGUGUGCACAGACAUCUUCGAUGCAGAGCCCAGGACGGGCCAGAAGAACGCCCUCUGCAUCGUCACCCCAGAGCAGGAAGUAUUCAUCCGUGGUGACAAUAAAGACAUCACUAAUGGGUCGGAGCCCAGUCCAGCAAAAAUGGUAGCAACCGAUCCGAGUUUUCCAUCCUCGGGGAGGGACCGCCCAGAGCCCGGCCAGUGGCAGGAAGACCAGCGGGACGGGGGGCCAGAUGUGACUCCCAUCUGGACUGUGACGGACACCGAGCCUCUGGGCCCUGAGCGGACCCCUGCAGGCAACGCCUCCUCCUACCUGUGCCUGGACCCCAGGGGCUCUCUGACCUCAGCCGGCUUCGGCGGCUCGGUCGGUUCUUCAGACUCGGCGGCCUCUGAAAGCUCCGACCCCGGCAGAAACAACCGGCUGACUGAACCCAACAACAUCCAAACAUCAGCAAACAACAAGAACCAGAGGCAGGACGGGAGCAAAAACAGAUCGGAGGCCACCAGGAAAGAACAGGAAACGGGAGCAUCCACGUUGAGGACGGGCAGGAGUGAGACUCGUGCCAACAAACGAGAGAAACUUCAGUCGUGUGGAGAUUCGUCCUCUCUCGUUGCCCCCCCUCCCCAGAGAAGAGCCAAGUCUCUGGACCGCAGGACAUCGGACACGGCCAUGACGGCCUCAGAUCUGGAAGGAGAGAUCAACCUAAUGAAGUGUUACAAUGUGUCUGAGUACCAGGUGCAAAGAAACUACGGCUUUCAGAUCCACACUCCGAAGGGCGUCUUCACGCUUUCGGCGAUGACCGCGGGGAUACGAAAGAACUGGAUCCAGGCGCUGAUGAAGAACGUCCAUCCGGCCAACGCCCCUGAUGUGGCCAGUUUACCUGGCCAGCACAUUCCCUGCAGCCCACCUGAGGUCCUCCCCAAACCAGACGUGACUCAGGACUCUCCCUCGGCCGACGUCUCCUCGGAGAGCGAGCCUCACCACAAAGCCAGCAGCGUGACGGAAAGACGGCGCGAAGGCCGCUACAAAACCUUCGACUGGGCUGAAUUCAAGCCUGAGAGCGAGCCGGCGGUGGACGCCGAUCCACAGAAAUCCCCCUGCUCGCUGGAGCUGGGUGACCUGGAGCGAAGGAAGCGGCGCGAGGAGAGGAGGAGGAGGUAUGAGAAGAUGCUGGGCUUCUCUCUGCUAGAAAAGGACGGCGGCGUCCGAGCACUGAGUCCGAAAUCGCAGCAGAGAAUGGAGGAGGAGAUGGAGGAGUGCUGGAAGCAGGUGGAGAAGACAAUGUUCAGACUGGAGAGGACGGUCCCGCUGUUUCCUGACGGGAGAGAUGCAGAGGAGAUGGAGAAGGUGCUGCAGAGCUACAGGAAGGCGGUGGAAGAUCUGAAGGUUCAGUUGGAGGAGUCGGAGCAUCGACGGCUGGAGCUGGAAGCUCAGCUCAGCGCAGAAAGGUUUCAACCUCAGCAGCUGGAUUCUCCCGUCAGUCCUGAAGCUGAUUUUUACCCAUCAGAUAUGAAAGAAAAGCCACUCAAAGACCCGACGAAGAGCCUAAAGGAGGCGUACAGAGAGCUCCUGCAGCAGCAGAACGGCCAGGAAACACCUUCACCGACACCACAGCUGCCCAGCAUCUGGCUCUGCGAUACAGAGGGCGAGCUGCAAGAACUGGAGGAUCUAUUAUCUGAGACAGCGGCCUCACCUUUACUGUCACCUGCAUCAGACAGCCAACACUCUCAGAGUGAGGGACUGAGCUUCGAUGACAGGACAGCCGACCUCCAGGACCAGCUUCACGCAGACGCCCGUCAGCUGUUUCCUGUCUCAGAGACACAGUUGUGCAGGCUUUGGGCUAAACACGCCAACUGCUCAAAAUGCGCCAAACUCCGGGAGGAGAACGAGGACCUCAAAGCAAAACUGUCAAACCUCGAACAACAACGCACAUCGAAGAUGAACGCAGGCUGCCAGACUGAUGAGAUUUACCUCCAGGACGCGGAGCUUCAGGGCGCAGAGGAGAGUGAAGAAGAGGAGGAGGAAUCGAUAGAUGAGAUGGAAAUCCCACAGAAGGUCUCAGAUGAAAGCUUAGAGGAGAGCGAUGAACCAGAUGGAAACGUGGAGCUGAUUUCAGCUCUGAGAAGAAAGGUGGAGGAGCUGGAGGAGCAGCUGACUUUGGUGCAGCUACAGCACGAGAAAGAGACGGAGAAGCUGAAGGUCACCUGCGAGCGUGGACUCGCCUCCAUGGAAGAAUCUCACCUGAAGGUGGUUGAGGAGCUGCAGCGUCGACACAAACAGGAAGUGGAGCGCCUCCUGGUGGACAGGGACAGACUAUUAGAGGAGGAGAGCACUGCUACUGCAACAGCGAUCGAAGCCAUCAAAAACGCUCACCGCCUGGAGCUGCAAAGGGAGGUGCAGAGGAGAUGUGAGUUCGAGAACAGCAAUGGGCUCUCAAACCUGGAGGAAGUCCACAGGCAGCACAGUGAGGAGCUGGCCUCCUGUCAGCGGGAGCUCGAGGUUUUAUCGCAUCAGUUUUCUCUGAAGUGUCUGGAGAACGGACAUCUGGUCCAGGCUCUGGAUGCCGAGAGGAAGGCCCUGUGCCAGUGCCAGCAGGAAAACCAGGACCUGAGGACCAGAAACCAGGAGCUGAGCGGCCACCUGGCAGCAGAGAUCACCAGACUGUGCACGCUCGCCAAACAGGACGCUCUGCCGCUCAGUCAGGGGAUGGACGUGUACGAGAUGGAGGGUUUGAUUAGGACUGAGGGUGAUCUGUGCCUGGAGGUGAUCGAAUCGAGUGGACAAAACAGAUAAAUAAACCAGAUUUUGUUUUUUUUGGUGUGACAGGACAAGAGGAACGCGACAAAGAAAUACAAGGACAUGUACACGGAGCUGAGCAUCGUUCGGGCAAAAGCGGAGCGAGAGGCAGACGAGCUGAGAGAAAACCUGAGGCUGGCUCAUCAGGCGCUGGGACGGACGUCGCCGUGACGACUUGCCAGUUUUAUUUCCUCAUUAUAUGCCACCUCACCCCACAGUUUACUUCAGAUUUUUAUAGAGAUAAAGAUGUUUUUACUGCUUUAACCUUUCUGACACUGAAUCUGUGAUGUGUUUGUAUUUGCUGAGUAUUACCGUAUAAAAAAACUGUAAAAUAUUUGUUUUGUUGUUUGUCAUUUUAGGAAAAUAUUUUAAAUUAAACUCCUUUUCUGGCUGAUACAGCUGCACUGUAAUUUAUAUUUGUAUUCAGGCUUUAA